AUGAUUCUAAUCGAUGGGAUCAAAUACCUGUGCCUGGAAUGUGUUCGAGGUCACCGCUCAUCGCUGUGCCGCCACCAUACUAGGCCGCUUCUACAAGUUCGCUCCAAAGGACGGCCCAAUGUGGUUCUUUCCAGUGGAAAUAAGAAUCAUAGAAUAGCCGUGUUCGCCGAGGAAAUAGCAUCUUCACCCGAGCCUGAAGGCCUGGAUUGCAAGAAGCUCCCGGUGAUCAUUUUGAAGGCUUCAGAUAAGCACAUCAUAGAUUUGAGUAGUGGCCAGAUUGUUGGGCCAUACAAUGAAGAGGAACAGAAGAAUCAGAUAUCAAAACCAGUGAUCAGGGCAGAAAGCUUUGUGAAUUCCACUCCAUGCUGCAGCCAAGGGGUGUCAAAAGUGAGGAAACUGUGUACUUGUAACCACAAACGGGUAUCCAAGUCGAAGAUUUUGUCGACAUACAUCAAGAAGUUGCAUCUGAAUGACCUAGGACUGAACAAAACCGAAAUGGGGCAGGGGAAUUCAGAUAUUGGACCAAUCAAGACAGAAUUUGAGCUGGAUAAAGUCAGGACAGAAGCAGAACUGAAUCUGAUCCAGAAAGGCUCCUGUUGCCUGAAGAAGGAAAAGAGUCCCUCAGUUGUUACUCAAGAGGCAAGUCUGUGCUGCUCCACCAGAAAUACAAAUGGAAUCUCGACAAAAGACGAAUCACAGGGACUGUGCUGCUCCAAAAAACCCAAGAAUGAAGCUAAUAUUAAAUUAGGGGUUCCAGAAACUCAGUUCAUUCCCCAAUUCUUUGAUCUCCAGGAUACCACCCAGAAUUUCCCAUUUAUGGACACUCUAACAUCGGGAAUGUUGACGUCUGAAUCGGGAAAAGAGGUGUUUGAGGUGAUCAACGUGCCAUCAUGUUCUAUUCCUGGGUCGUGCUGCUGUUCGUCCGACUGCCAAUGUCCUAAUUGCGAGGUGCAUAAUAACGCUCCUCCAGCGUCGAAUCUCCAGUAUUUAAACAGCGAUUCGCAGUUUGGCACAAAUCUCAUUCUCACAUCUAAAGAUGGAUCGCUCCAAUUCCAGAAUACGCUUGCUCAUAACAUUGCCAAUCCACUAGAUCGAGGAAUUAAUUCUGUGACUCCUGAUGAUCACAAACAUCCAUUACAGAAUACGUCACUUCAAAAUCCACUCCAGAAUUCACACCACGGCGCAUUUCAGAAUCAAGUUCAGAGUUCAUUACUGAAUUCACACCAGGGUUCCCUCCAAAAUUUAUACAUCCAAAAAGACCCACUCAAUAGCAGCACAUACCAGCAGCAGCUACAAGAACAUCUACUUAAGGAUGGAAGUUUUCGAAACAACGAGUCUCUCGGCUUCAUCCAGCAGCUUCUAAAUUCAAAUACUACUCCACAAAGCGAUUCGUCGACCCCAGAUCAGCCAGAGACUUGCACAUGUCCAGACGAUGCAUGCUUUUGUCAGAAUUGCGAGGCCCACGGUAUAAUCGAAGGAUAUAAAUUGGAUGACAUAUUUGUUUCCAAGCUUCCACUCGAUUUAAUCAAUAAGAUGUGA